UAUCGUCGAGUUUGCUUGUUCGCAAGUGAUUUUUUUUUAAUAUAUUAAUCUAUUUACAAUGAAAAAAGUUAUAAUAUUAUUGUUAUUUACUUUAUUAUUAGUGAAUUGUGAUGAUGGUGAUUAUGAAAUAGGUUCUGUAUGUACCACAAAUACCAACGAGGCCGGUGUUUGUAAAUAUCUUUAUGAAUGUCCAUACGCAUUAAAUCGACUCAGAAAGAGGACAAAAAUUAAGGAUUGUCUUUAUGAAGAUGACAAGAGAUAUGUUUGUUGCGCUGAAACAACAAAAAUAACACCAGCAACGAGUAACCCAUUAGAACAAAAACCGAGGGAAACAAUUUCGGAUAGAGAGUUAGUCAAAUUCCAUGAAGAAGGACUCUUGAAGGGCGGUGAUAUUGAAUGUCGGUUCAAUGGUACAUUCCCUGUAAAAUGUUGCCGCAUUGUUCACGACUUCACCACAUUGAAAUUCAACGAGCCACCAAAAUGUCCAGAACUGGAGAAACCGUAUGCACGUAGCAGCAUGACACCACAUCAAAGUGUGAUAUACGAUGCGUGCUACGCAUAUUCGAGAUUGGGAAGUAAAUGUUUGGCAAGUGACAUAAACACAGAUUGGUAUGUUCGAGAUGACUGUCAGAGAUUCAGGAGUAUAACAAAAAUAUCUGAUGGUGAUCCAGCUAAGGUUUCAGAAUUCCCACAUAUGGCAGUUCUCGGUGGUAGAAAGGAUGCGGCCAAGCCAAUCAGUUGGAUAGGUGGCGGAACUCUGAUAAGCGAAUAUUUUAUUCUGACUGCGGCUCACGCUGUCGGUAGCCGUGACACUGGAGUUGUUAAUUACGCACUAUUAGGAACUAUUUAUAAAAACGAUACACGCAGCGGAGAACUCUACCACGUUGUGAAAAUCAUAAAGUAUCCUGAAUACAACUCGCAAACGAAGAAAAACGAUAUUGCCCUCCUCAAAGUUCAUACUCGUGUUAUAUUUUCUGAUUACAUUCGGCCAGCGUGUCUCCCAUUCCCUGGCUCGAAGGAAUAUGAAUACACAUCAUGUACAGUAGCAGGGUGGGGUAGUAUGGGGGAGAGACAAAAUACCAGUGAUGUAUUACUGAAGGCGACAGUUUUUCAGGAAUAUAACCACUCUAGGUGCAAAGACGUUCUGCAUCAGAAUUUUUUCGUUUGGGACAGUAAUACCAUGAUAUGCGCUAAAUCAGGAGAAUCUCGACCGAAUCAGGACACUUGUAAGGGUGACAGCGGUGGUCCCUUGAUGACACUGAGCAAACAAUUUGUACGCUGUUCGUAUUUCGUCGCAGGCGUCGUCUCUUGGGGACCAAGAUGUGGUUUUCAAUUAUAUGGAUCUUAUACAAACUCUUCCUACUACAAGUAUCAAGAAUGGAUAGUCGAAAACGCGUGGCCUCAGCAGCUUAAAGCUAGGAACAUUAUAUUAUCUUAAGCAAUUCCCAAGCUGACCUUAUUGGACAAGUCGCUGGAAAUGACAGCUUUUGUUAUGUUCAGAUUUUAAAGCGAUUGUUAAAGUUUCUGCCAGUUAUUAUUAAUUCGAUUUCUUACCUACUAACAAACUGAUAUGGAUAGGCUCUUGCUUGAAAAUGACAUCUUUUAUCUUUCGACCCGAAUUAAACGCACCAGAGAGAUUAGACAAAGUGCAUUCGCUUAACCCAUUAGUGCAUAACGUUCGAUAAAUCGGACGCCAAUAAAAUUGUUAUUUUAGGAGUUAUAUAUAUAAGAUAUAUUUUACUAACCGUUUAUUUUUUAAACAGUAGUGUAAUAUAUAUUUGAAAUGGUAAUACUGUUGGUAUGACAUUCCGUGAAGCGAUUUAUCGGACGGGCUAUAAAAUCUAAACUUUCAUAUUGAUUAAAUAUUAGGUGCGCAACUAAGUUCUCGGUUUUUUUUUCGAUAAAAAUAUAACUUUAUUAUUAAAAAAUGGUUACAAAUUAAUCAUUCAAAGUAUUGCCCAUCGCUAGACACAACUUUUUCCCAUCUUUCUGGUAGAGCUCGAAUACCUUGACGCCAGAAGUGU